GUUGCAUUUUCCUGCCCAGUCUGCCAGUUUAGCAUCACAGGCUCAACAACUUCCAAGCUUGGAAACUUAACAAAAACAACUUUUCACUCCGAAUUUCUCACCACCACUCCAAUUGCUUUUCGACAUCCCGACAAGCUUUUCCAUUUAUCUCCACACACCCCAACUCUUGUCCGGAUUCGACCCAUUAGCUGCUGUACCAAAGCAGUUAGAAACACACCCCCCAUCGUCAUCAAAAAUGUCCAACACCGAUUUCCUCGGUCGAGCGAUCGAGACGGUGAGACGCGCCAUAGACGCCGACAACGGAAACGAAUAUGAAAAGGCAUACCAAUUAUACUACCAGUCCCUCGAGCUAUUUAUGCUAGCUCUAAAAUGGGAGAAGAACCCCAAGGCAAAGGAGAUGAUCCGCCAAAAGACGGGCGAGUACAUGGAUCGCGCCGAGAAGCUGAAGGCCCAUCUCGCCGACGCGGAUGCAAAACGUAAAAAACCAGGCUUGGUUGGGGCGAACGGUUCAUCGACCGGCGGAACGGGGAAGGGAAAGCAGAACGGCGAGGAUGUUGACGAGGAUAAUAAGAAACUUCGGAAUGCCCUUGCUGGUGCUAUUCUACAAGACCGGCCGAAUGUCAAGUGGGACGACGUUGCUGGACUGGACGGAGCAAAGGAAGCGUUAAAAGAGGCCGUGCUAUUGCCCAUCAAGUUCCCCAAUCUAUUUCAAGGAAAGCGCCAACCGUGGAAGGGUAUCUUACUGUACGGGCCACCUGGUACGGGUAAGAGUUAUUUGGCGAAGGCCGUAGCCACAGAAGCAAACAGUACCUUCUUCAGCGUAAGCAGUAGUGACUUGGUGAGUAAAUGGAUGGGUGAGAGUGAAAGACUAGUCAAGCAACUAUUUGCCAUGGCGCGAGAAAACAAACCCUCUAUUAUCUUCAUCGAUGAAGUCGACGCCCUCUGUGGCCCACGAGGGGAGGGAGAAUCGGAAGCUUCGCGAAGAAUUAAGACCGAGAUGUUGGUGCAGAUGGACGGUGUUGGAAACGACUCGACAGGUGUGCUAGUAUUAGGGGCGACCAACAUCCCAUGGCAGUUAGAUGCCGCUAUUCGAAGACGAUUUCAACGGAGAGUACACAUCAGCCUGCCGGAUAUCGGUGCGAGAACUACCAUGUUCAAGCUCGCCGUCGGAGAAACGCCGACUACGCUGAAGAACGAGGAUUUCAGGAAACUGGCAGCACUGGCCGAGGGUUAUUCAGGAAGCGAUAUUACCAUUGCUGUACAAGACGCCCUGAUGCAGCCAAUACGGAAGAUCCAGCAAGCUACGCACUUCAAAGAGGUACAAAAGGAUGGCAAAACAUUUGUAACCCCCUGCUCGCCUGGUGACCCCGGCGCAAAGGAGAUGACAUGGGACGAUGUUGAUUCGGAAACGUUACUCGAGCCCUUGGUAGACUUCAAGGACUUCGUCAAGGCCAUCAAAUCAUCAAGGCCGACGGUUUCGGGAGAAGAUCUCCAGCGAAAUUCGGAAUGGACUAAAGAGUUCGGAAGCGAAGGAAACUAGGCAUGUAGCUUGGCCAAGGGGGAGGGGGGUUACGGCGCGCAACGGCAUUACAAGGGCGUUAUGGGCGCGAAACUUUUUUACCAUCGUCGUUUGGGACCGCCACUUUCGUGGCUAGGUAGAUUAUCUGAGCUCGCUAGCCAUCCGGAACACAUACGGUUGCUUGUAGUAGGCGCAGAGCAAUUGAUAACUUGUUACUUUUUUUCGAUACGGAGUACGCGAAACUCAAAUUCAUCGCACCUUAUGGCA